UUGGACACAGAUCAGUAACAUGCAUGUAAACCCCGACCGACCUCCCGACGCAGCGGUGCUACUAUUCAAGUGAAUAACCUUAAAAAACAACGAGCUUCCAUCUCGGGUGUUUUAUCGGCUUCCUAUUCGGGUUUUGGAUCCACUUCCGACGCGAAAUGAAGCACCUAUUAAUGGAAUAACAACCUGGCAGUCAAUUAAUCGCCCCUAUCUUUUCUUGCAACAUUGUUGCAGCGUCGCGGCUAUUGACACGCGCUGUGGCCGUGGUGGUUUAGGCUGCUGGAGGGACCGGAGGCCUGUGGUCGUUUUGAUCCUGGACUGAUGUUUUGGGCCACCUGAGUUUUAAUGUUCGCGACGGAAAGCGGGGGAAAUCUCUGCCCUGUAUUUAAAGCGGAACAUGUCUUUUUCAUGGCUGACUUGUUCACUUCUUCUGGGAACUUUAUGCGCAGGGUACAGUCUUGGCGAAGCGGAGACCCGGGAGUGUGUGUACUACAACGAUAACUGGCGUUCGGAGAGGACCAACCAGAGCGGCUUCGAGCGUUGCGAGGGGGAAAAGGACAAGCGUCUGCACUGUUAUGCCUCCUGGCUCAACUCCUCAGGGACUAUCAAACUGGUGAAGAAAGGCUGCUGGCUGGAUGACUUCAACUGCUAUGACAGGCAAGAGUGCGUCUCCAUGGAGGAAAACCCUCAGGUCUUCUUCUGCUGCUGCGAGGGCAACUACUGCAAUGAACGAUUCACCCACCUUCCCGACUUGAUUGGCAGUGGCAACCGAGUGAAAAUCCAGCCUCCACCCCGAGUACCUUCCCUGCUCAAUGUGCUGGUGUACUCCCUGCUGCCUCUCUGUGUGCUGUCCCUGGCCCUCGUUCUGGCCUUGUGGAUGUACCGCCACCGCAAACCUCCCUACGGCCAUGUAGACCUGAGCGAGGAUCCAGGGCCAGCUCCUCCAUCUCCCUUGGUGGGUCUGAAACCAUUGCAGCUUCUAGAAAUCAAAGCUAGGGGGCGCUUUGGUUGCGUUUGGAAGGCCCAGUUAAUGAAUGAAUAUGUUGCUGUUAAGAUCUUCCCAGUUCAGGAUAAGCAGUCAUGGCAAAAUGAGCGCGACAUAUUCUUGACUCCGGGGAUGAGACAUGAAAAUAUCUUGCGUUACAUCGCUGCAGAGAAGCACGGAGCCAACAUGGAGACGGAGCUGUGGCUUAUCACAGAGUUUCAUGAAAGGGGAUCCUUGACAGAUCACCUGAAGGGCAACACUGUGACCUGGACAGAGUUGUGUCACAUAGCAGAGACCAUGUCCCGCGGUUUGGCUUACCUUCACGAGGACAUUCCCAGUUACAAGGGAGAGGGGCCUAAACCUACAAUUGCACACAGGGACUUCAAGAGCAAGAAUGUGUUACUACGAGAUGACUUAGCUGCAGUCAUUGGUGACUUUGGGCUUGCUGUAAGAUUCGAGCCAGGAAAACCUCCUGGGGAUACUCAUGGACAGGUGGGUACGAGGCGUUACAUGGCCCCAGAGGUGCUGGAGGGAGCCAUCAACUUUCAGCGAGACUCCUUCCUGAGGAUAGACAUGUACGCUAUGGGCUUGGUGCUGUGGGAGCUGGUGUCCCGUUGCUCCGACACAGAUGGAACAGUUGGCGAGUACAUGCUGCCAUUUGAGGAUGAAAUAGGCCAGCAUCCCUCCCUGGAGGAUCUGCAGGAUGUGGUGGUGCACAAGAAGAUGCGUCCAGUCAUCAAGGACUCCUGGCUCAAGCAUCCUGGGCUGAGCCACAUGUGUGAGACCAUCGAGGAAUGCUGGGACCACGACGCAGAGGCUCGACUGUCUGCAGGUUGUGUCGAGGAGCGCAUCGGCCAGAUCUCCAGGACAAUAGGCAGCACUACCUCAGACAGCCCCAUCUCUUUAGUCACGUCUCUCAUCAACGAGGACCUACCUCCCAAAGAGUCCAGCACCUGAACGGGUGACACCAUCUUUCACCUGAGCUCCUGACUUUUUAUUUUUCAAACCCAAACUCAGCAGAUUUUCGUGAAUAUUUAAAAAAACAUAUAUAUAAAAAAACAAAAGAAAAACAACAACAAAAAAAUACAUCUAGCAACUUAAAUGCAGCUGCUAUUUUAUCCCAAUACUGGUAUUUUUUUCCUGUUUUUAAAGUGUGUGUGCGUGUGUGUGUUUCAAGUCGGAUCCUACUAACACAUCCAUCUGCUGUAGUUGAAGUAGUAAUAAGCUAUGCGAUGGGCACAUCUGAUAACACCCAUGUGUCAAAUCUUAAAUGUUGUCAUUACCUCAUGUGUUUCUUUUGUGUUAGUCUAUAUUCUUUUUUUUUUUCUUUUUCUUUUUUAAAUUACCUCAUGAGUUGUCAUCGUCGUAUUUCGCGUCGUGGUCCUGAUCGUCUGCGGCCAAAUGAAAUGAACCUUUUUGCUCCAAACCUCAGACGACGUGCUGCACACCUCGGAGGAACCGUUUUGAGACUGUUAGACAACAUAAAUACAUCUUCCUCAGGGGUUGAAGCUUCUCGAUUUUGAAACUCUGAGUGCGCUCCCUUAUUUUAAACCUGUGAUUUCCUCAAAAUGAAAAACGGAAAAAAAAGUUUCAAAAAACAAAAACCGGAGCACAGCUGUUUUAUUGUAAGGGAGGGAGCUAAAUGGGAGCUGUAUUGGACAUUUUGGACUUGGAUUUGGGGCAAGUGUCUUGUCCUCGGGGAACUACCUCUCAGGUAUUCAGUAGGCUUCUUUGGAACAUUUUCUCUAAGUUAAGAGCCGAGCUAUCGAGCUAGCUAUCAUGGACAUAUUCCUGGAUUUUUAUUUUAGUUUUUUUAUUUGUUUGAAUUCAGAGUUACUCCUUUGCCAGUGCCAGGGGCAUUGCUGGAUGCUGUCUGAAGUUGCAAUGUUACACAUUCUUAAUUUGAACCGUGUGAGUGAGUGUGUGAGUGAAUCUGAAAUUGAAAUGAUGUGAGAUGGAUAGAAAGUUUUUAAAGUGAGAGUCAUGGGCCAUACUUGAGUAAGCAACAUGUCUGUUUUUUAAUUUCCAUGAGUGCGUGUUCAAUAGACUCAGUCGGACACCAGUUCCCAGAUACCUCAGUCACUGUAUGUCAUGCAAGGAGAGCUCAAAUGGUUGCCUUUUGUCUCAAAUGCAAUGCCAUAGUUGUACCAUAACAUGAAUACCAUACAUUGAAUGUCCGUUAUGCUGCUGUGACUAUUCCAGGAUACUCAAGGAUUUGUAGAUGUACAUGCAUUCUUUGUUAAUAUAACGCUAACAUGUGAUUACUAUCCACGAUAUAAUGUGAGGCUAAUAUUCUGUUUUUGUGCGUUUUUUAUUUUGACUGGGUAAGCCGUCAGGUGCUUACUCCUACAGACUGACCUCAGAUAUUCUGAAAAGUACCUCAGGCUUUUUCUACAUGUAUAUCAAAUUGUGUUAUGUAUUUUAUUGUGUUUUUGGUAGUUGAGAUAUUUUAUUGCUGGUUGGGCCUCUUGUCUGUUGAGAUUGAGAUUUGAUUUGAUUUUUUUUGUUUUUUUUUAGGAGUCUGACCAGUUUUCAUGGUGUUAAUUCUCUACAAAUCUAAAAGAAGAUGGGCAGAUUUAUGUAAAUAUGGGUGUACACACAGAUGGCGAACACUGCUCAGUGAUUUUUGGGGUGGUUUUUUUUUUUUUCUUUUUUUUCUGCU